GUGAAGACCUCGUAGCAAUGCGUAGCGGGAAGAGGCUUGAGAAGUGUUCUAAGGGUACUGUAUAAUCUCUCAAACCUUUCAAGUUUCAACACAUCCCCGCUCCGAAGUCAACUCAUCCGUCCUCUACACGCGCCGCAUAAUCGCGUGACCAUGAGAGACCUCUUCUUCUCAUCGCUGCUACGGUGCUUGUCGACCACGGCGCUUUUCCUCCAACUGUAGCACCACCAACCGUAGAUCACAACAUCUACUCGAAAGAUCUAGAGAGAGAGAGAGAGAGAGCGAGCGAGGAGAGAGAGAUAGAGAUAGAGCGCGAGGAGAGAGACGGUGUGGUUGUCCGAAAAAGGUAUGGUUUCUAGUCUCUACUAUUACUGCUGUCAAACCCUAGCUAAAAUCCUCAUCCCCUCGAAAUUAGGGUUUUGAUCGAGCAAAUUGGGGUUUUUCAUCGAUUGAACCGUUUAAAGUUUGUAGGUAAAGUUGUGUAGAUAUGCAUACAAGCACAGUAGGUUAGGACGGGUCGAGUUAGGGUUUUGGUUGGGUAGAGGAGUGUAUAUAUGGCUUCGGGAACUGUAGUGGGUGGUAAUGGAGGAGGUGAAGAUGGUUCUAGAGAGAAGCAGAGAUGGGCUGACAGCAAAGUGUACACUAGGAAAUCAUUCAAGGGUCUGAAGACCAACAUUGAUACUAACCCUAGUAAUGCGUCUCUACCACAAGCUCAAGCCCUAGCCUCAGAAGGGGCUAAUUUGUUACAGAAACGAUUUGACGCGGCGUCUGACGACUCAUCGAGCCUCAACCGUCUGCAGGUCGUGCCUCUGAGCUCGAAAAAUGUCGGGGGCGGUAACGGGUUGGGGAAACAGGGGAGUCUUAGGCAAGAAAAUAAGGUUACGAUUAGUUUUGUUUCGAGGUCGAAGCAGGAGAUUCGGGAGCUUCGGAGGAAGCUCCAGAGUGAGCUUGAUUUGGUGAAGAAUUGGGUGAAGAAGAUUGAGGGGAAAGAAGGAAAAGUAGUGAAUGGUGGAGUUGAUAAUGGUGGAGCGAGGCGGGUUCAAUCUGAGGUGGCGUCUGUGGGUCCUGCUAAGGUUUCUAGGCCAUCAAAUCAGCUGAGUAUAUCAGUGCUAGAGAAUAGUCAGAGUGUAAGUGAUAAUAUGGAGAAAGAGAAGAGGACACCUAAGGUUAAUCAGUUUUAUAGGAAUUCAGAGUUCCUUCUUGCUAAGGAUAAGUUUCCGCCAGCUGAUAGCAACAAGAAGUCGAAACCAAAUGGGAAGAAACCAGGGGGUACUGAAUUGGGACCUGGGUUUGGGGUGGGUAAGUUUUCAAACCAAGCUUUCAAGAGCUGUAGUGCUUUGCUUGACAAGUUGAUGAAACACAAGCAUGGUUGGGUUUUCAAUACACCGGUUGAUCCCAAGGAUCUUGGGUUGCAUGACUAUUUUGACGUUAUUAAUCAUCCGAUGGACUUGGGAACUGUGAAAUCUAGGUUGAACAUGAAUUGGUACAAGUCUCCAAGGGAAUUCGCGGAGGAUGUGAGACUCACGUUUGGCAAUGCGAUGACCUAUAAUCCCAAAGGACAAGAUGUUCAUGUAAUGGCGGAGCAGCUAUCUAAGAUUUUCGAGGAAAAGUGGUCGGUCAUAGAGGAUGAUUAUAUGCGAGAGUUGAGAAUGGCUGUCAGCUAUGAAGUGGGGAUACCUACCCCUACGUCCAGAAAGGCUCCUUCGCUGCUAUCACCUGCUGCCGAAAGGAGAAAGAUUUUGGAUAGGUCGGAAACAAUGACGAGUACUUUUGAUCCCAAACCGAAACCCAUGAAUUCUUCGCAUCCAGGGCGGACCCCUGCCCCAAAGAAGCCUAAGGCCAGAGAUCCUGUGAAGAGGGACAUGACAUAUGAGGAAAAACAGAAACUUAGCACAAACCUGCAGAAUUUGCCUUCUGAUAAACUGGAUAACAUUGUCCAGAUAAUUAAGAAAAGGAAUACAUCACUUAGCCAAAAUGACGAUGAGAUUGAGGUGGACAUUGAUAGUGUUGAUACAGAAACACUCUGGGAGCUUGAUAGGUUUGUAACCAACUACAAAAAGGGUUUGAGCAAAAACAAGAAGAAAGCUGAACUUGCCCCUCAAGCUAGCGCUGAUGUAAGGCCAGAUGCCCAGGGAAAGAACCCUGGCCCCUCCGUGGUAGAAGCACCAAAGGAAAGGAAAUCAGAUGAAAAGAACAUCUCCUCUUCAUCUCCUGCUCGAGUAGAAAAGCAGGGGGGUAAUGCAAGUAGAUCAAGCAGCUCAAGCAGCUCUAGCAGUGAUUCUGGAUCCUCUUCUAGCGGUUCCGAUAGCGAAAGUUCAUCAGGAUCUGAGGCAGCCCAUUCACCAAGAACUUGAACAUGUCCAGGUCUCACUGAUUGAACUGAUGGUAAUUCUUGUGGUUUAUCUGACGUAUUGAGAUUGUGAUUCUGCAUCUCGAUUUGUGGGUUGUUUUGGUAAAAUCUUAAACACUACCCUAAUCUUGCUUUGGAGUGGGUUUUGUUCUAGCUGGCUAGCUGCUAUAUGACCAUGACAGUCUUCUGCACCUGGCUGUGUUCAUGGUUACAGGUUUGUGCAAUAAUUGUAGAUGGUGGUGACUAGGUAGAUAGGUUAUGUGUAUAACUUGUACAUUGCUUAGAACUGCAACUUAGCUUUAGUGGUCUAUGUCGUUUUGCCUGCAGAGUUGGGGCAUAUUCUUUGAUGUUGCACUCAAAUAUUCUCUGUAAUUGUAGUAUGUGAAGUCUUCCUCUUUGGAUGCCA